AUAUAAUCAGUAAUCAUGGUGAGGCGUGCUUUCGAUGCAGUUCAUUGGUACAUGGAGGAGAUAGGAGCCCAACUUGUGGCGAAGACUAGCAUCCCAUCAGACAGACACCAUGUAGGCAAGCUGCUACUGCAAGGCUUGAAAGAUUAUCCUAAUUUCGUUGCACAGAUUGAUGGAGCAACAGGGGAAUCAGAAACCAACGGCUCAGUCUUAAACAGGAGCAUACGAUGCGCCAUCUCUCUGACUCAGUUGGGACUGAAGAAGGGAGAUGUCAUGGUGCUCAUGGGGCCGAACCACUUGGACUUCUGUAUACCUCAUAAUGCUGCUCUGUAUCUUGGGAUCAUGGUGGCUUGUAUUGAUGCAACGUUGAGUGUCAAUGAACUAAAAGAUUUGUUCCAAGCAAAUCGCCCGAAUAUAAUCUUCGGUCAAAGCGAGAAGACGUCUGAUAUUAAAAAAGCCCUGAUCCUGGCUCAAGUAGAUGCCAAGAUUAUGACUUUCAACGAAGGUAGUAACAAUACUACACUGGCACAGCUGCUGGAAAUUCCAGAUGAGAAAGCAGUCAAAGACUUCCAGGCAACGGACUUCGAUCCUACUGAGACUGUGGGAUACCUGACAUCUACGAGUGGAACAACAGGAGUGCCCAAGACUGCUAUGCUAACACAUAAGAAUAUAGCCACGGGUACGCCGACCAUGUGGACAAUGUUCUCGAAAUUUCCAUCUCCAGUGAGACUAGCGCUAGUAACGUCACCAGCGCAGUGGCUGUCAGCUGGCUUCCACUACCUCUUCUCCUCGAUCCUAAAGUACACGCGGCUGCAGACAUCUGCUCCUGUGACUCCUGAACAUUUUGCUGAACUUGUAAAUAAGUAUAAGCCAGACUACAUGAUCAUGAGCCCUACUCUAAUCACGACCAUGAUAAUGAAUGCAAAAUGUGACUUCAGCUGCUUCGAGCACAUCUUGCUGGGAGGCAGCGCUGUGACACAAGAUCUCGUUAAUGAAGUUAAGCAAAUAGCCCAAACUGAAGAAGUCCAUGUCUUGUACGGCAUGAGUGAACUCAGUGGGAUCUGUGUGCAGCAUGACGUUCCAACAGCACCUGGCUCUUGCGGCAGACCUAAUGGGAAUGUGGAAUUAAAGCUAAUGAAUCCUGUAACACUGGAAGAAAUCACGGAGCCUAAUGUUCAGGGAGAAUUAUGGUUCAGAGGCCCGUCUGUAUUCAAAGGAUACCAUAAUAACCCAGAAGCUACAAAAGAAGCAUUGACAGAAGACGGCUGGCUCAGAUCUGGUGAUAUUCUGUACAGGGACGAAUAUUGGAACCUGUAUUUUGUGGAACGUUACAAACUACUGCUGAAGUAUAGGAAUCAUCAGGUAUCUCCCGUGGAAAUCGAGACCGUGAUAUCGAAGCACCCUGGCGUGUUCCACGUGGCGGUGACCGGGAUACCUGACAAUGAGUGCGGGGACCUGGUGGUGGCGUGCGUUGUGCCCAAACCUGGCUGCAGCCCCACCGCGCAGGAGAUCAAGGACUUGGUUAAAGAAUCGCUGACGGACUCCAAGCAACUUAGAGGAGGUGUGAUCUUCAUGAAGGAACUGCCGACGACCAGCACUUCUAAAGUCAACAGGAAGAAACUCAAGGAGUUGGUGCUGACUUUGGAAAGAGAAUAAAUUGAUAUUUUAGUA